CCUCGCUGGAAUGGACAGUAAUUAGUGCUGUUUUACUUCUGCGUGACUAAGGUUUGGGGACAUGGUUUGGCGUGUCUUGCAGCUGGUCCUUGAGGUAUUUUUGCUGGAGAAGAAGCUGGAACCAGGGGCUGGAAAUUGGAGCUCAAUAGGGGCUGGAAAACCAUUGGACGCUGCUGUUGUUUUGGUUUUGGGCGCUGCUGUUUUGGUUUCCAGGGGCUGGAAUGAUGAUGAACUGGUUGUUUUUGAUGUUGGAACUUUUGUGGGCAGCAUAAUGGAGCUGAAUUCAUUCUUGGUGGCCUGCCCUUGUUUGGGCAGGUUCUCCUUCAAGUCCACCCGGUUUUGCCUCAUGUGUGGAGGCUGCCCAGUGAUCUUCUUCACCCUUUCGGUUGGGGUUUUCGAUGAACUGGGGCUAUCUUGGCUAUGAAGUUUUUAUUCUGGCUAACUGGGCUUUUUCUCGGGUUUGGGAGGUUGUUUUCGCGGGUGUCCUGCCUAUCUACGUAUUGUUUCUGAACUCAAUCGAGGGCAAUAGUAGAUGAAGGCUUAUGGGACAACCUAGUGAACUUGUGCCUCGUUUGGUUAGGGAUGCUUG